CAGUCCCCGUCGCUGCUGCUGCCGCCGGGCUUCACCUCAGCGCCGGGAGCUGCGCCCGGAGAUAAGAGGACGUGAAUCGCGUAUCCUUUCAGCAGCCUUCUGUUAAACUUGGAAUACCACAGUUCAAGCAAUUGAACAGAUGGAUAAUGGAGACUGGGGAUAUAUGAUGACUGAUCCAGUCACGCUAAAUGUGGGUGGACACAUGUAUACGACCUCCCUCACAACUCUAACGAGAUAUCCUGACUCAAUGCUCGGGGCCAUGUUCAGGGGAGACUUCCCCACUGCCAGGGACUCUCAGGGCAAUUACUUUAUUGACAGAGAUGGACCACUUUUCCGUUAUGUUCUUAACUUUUUAAGGACCUCAGAGCUCACUUUGCCACUGGACUUCAAGGAGUUCGACCUCCUCCGGAAGGAAGCGGACUUCUAUCAGAUUGAGCCGCUCAUUCAGUGUCUUAAUGACCCCAAGCCACUUUAUCCUGUGGAUACCUUUGAGGAGGUUGUGGAGCUGUCCAGCACCCGGAAGCUUUCCAAGUACUCCAACCCAGUGGCCGUCAUCAUCACACAGCUCACGAUCACGACGAAAGUCCACGCGCUACUGGAAGGCAUUUCAAACCACUUCACAAAGUGGAACAAGCACAUGAUGGACACCAGGGACUGCCAGGUUUCCUUCACUUUUGGGCCAUGCGACUACCACCAGGAAGUGUCACUCCGAGUCCAUCUGAUGGAGUACAUCACAAAGCAAGGCUUCACGAUCAGGAACACCAGAGUUCAUCACAUGAGCGAGCGUGCCAAUGAAAACACAGUGGAGCAUAACUGGACUUUCUGUAGACUGGCACGGAAAACAGAUGACUGAUUCUGACUCCACAGGAGCCACUUCAGUGAUUAGCAACUUAAUUGGACAGCAAACCCAAGAGAGUCUGGAUUUUGACUAAAGCAACAAUGUGGGCUUUUUUUUAUACGACUAUUUAUUGUUUAUCAGUAAGGACUGGAGGAGUUUCGUUCUCUAGCAGCUCUGUUCUUUUGUCCUGAUCAGAAAAAAACCGUGCAUGUGCCUGUUCAGUCAAGACACCUUUUUGUUUGAAAGAGGGAGUCCGAAGAAUUAGUACAAUAGGGUAUUUUGUGUCAUUAACACAAUUCUCUGACUCGACUCAAAGUGCUAAAAUUACCUCUGUCUAAAUGGUUUCUAAUCCAUCUAAUGCUAUGACACUGGGAGCAAGAAACAAAAAGAAUUUUAAAUGCAGUUGGGGAGAAGCUGCUAUUGUGUAGACUAAUUUAGUUUCUAAAUCAAUAAACAGUAUUGUAAUAUUCUAGGAAAACAAAUCCCACCCUUUAAAAGUACUUGAUAAGUACAGUUUCUUACAGUUAUGACAACUGUUUCUUUCUAUGCAUAUAAAUCAAGCAACCAAAUAUUAUCUGUAGCCAUGGAAAUAUGAUUAGAAAUAUUUAUAUUGGAUUCUAAAUGCAAAAUGUCCCUGUGGUAGAAUUCAUAUUUUUAAUGCCUGGUGCAAUAUUAUUCCCAAGUGUAAUGCCUGCCAGCAAGAAGCUAAUAAAAAUGUGAAAUACA